CAGAGUAAUAUGGGCUACCAAAUGCUGCUGAAAAUGGGGUGGAAGGGGGGGGAAGGUUUGGGUCUCCACAAGGACGGCAGGACAGAACCGGUCCGGUCCAACCCUGUCCUGGGUGCAAUGGGUUUGGGCCGGUGGGACAUGGAGAUCACCACUGCGGGCCAGGCGACCGAGAGCAGAAAGCAACUGAUGAGUGAAAUUGAAGAGACGGAAGAGCUUAAAGACAAGCGCAAGCUGGAGGUAGAGAAAAAGGAGGAGAUUGACAAAGAGAUCAAAAAGGUCAACGAGGUGUUCUACUGCGCCGACUGUGUGAAGCAGUAUGUGACGGUCAUGCAAUUUGAGAACCACAUGAGUUCCUACGACCACCACCACACCAAACGCCUGAAAGAACUGGCGCGCAGAGAGAAGACGAGGAAAGGGGGCGUUGGAUUGUCUAGGAAAAAGGAAGACAAAAAGAUGCAACGGGAAAUGGCCAAGAUGUCAGCGUUCGCAUCGGCCGCUCAGAAAAGCACCCAAUCGCAGAGCACACCCUCAGAGAGCCGGAACCAAUCAUAUCACAACCUUGAAGCACCAGCCAAUCAAAAGACAGCCCAAAAUAGAACCCAUCCGCAACCAGGCGGCUCCUUCCAGCGGAUUCAGAGCGAACCACGCAGCAUUAGCAACACCCACCCCAACCACACCAGCCACAGCACCAACCACACGUACACCCGCAAUGAUACUCGUACGCCUCACACAGGCAUACAAGCUAUCCCUGAGCCUUCGAGUGCCUUGCAGCCACCCCCGCCCCCACCGCCCAACCGCAUCCAGCCACCACCACCGCCGCCGCCAAUGGCACCAGUCGACCAAUCGCAGCUCACCUCACUCGGGUCGGAGCUGGUACCAACUCCAUCGCAACAGAUACCAACGGCGCCUGCUGCGAACCGACCAGCGCUAUCGUUCGGGUUUGGCAAGAAAAAGCCCACCAAG